AAUUAAACUUCACAUUUUUCUCACAUCUCUCAUCUUCUCCUUGUCGUCACACACACAUUUCCACAGGAUCAAUUAGUUAAGCACGAAAAACAUGGCAGCAACAGCCGUCGGUCCCGGACGAUCGACCUCGUCGUACAGCGAAGUCCAACACAACCGUCUCAUUGUAUCUCUUCCUCUGCCUUCUGUCCUCAAAAAGCCCUUUUCAGUCAUUGAUGGCCCUCCUAGUUCAGCCGCUGGAAAUCCAGGUGAAAUUGCAAAGCUUUUUCCAAAUCUGUUUGGGCAGCCUUCCGUGUCGUUACUUCCAGGUCACACAUCUGGGGCUGCAUUGGAUCAUACUCUUAAAAUCGGGGUUGUAUUGUCCGGUGGACAGGCUCCUGGUGGGCACAAUGUCAUCUCUGGAAUUUUUGACUAUUUGCAGGAGAAAACGAAAAAUAGCACACUCUAUGGAUUCAAGGGAGGUCCAGCAGGGAUAAUGAACUGUAAAUAUGUAGAGUUGACAACGGAUUUUGUUUAUCCUUACAGAAAUCAAGGUGGCUUUGAUAUGAUCUGUAGUGGUAGAGACAAGAUAGAAAGUGCUGAACAGUUUAAUCAAGCUGCAGAAACAGCUAAGAAACUUGACUUAGAUGGGAUUGUUGUGAUUGGUGGAGAUGAUUCAAAUACAAAUGCUUGUCUUCUAGCUGAGAACUUCAGGGGUAAAGGUCUGAAAACACGGGUUAUUGGAUGCCCGAAGACAAUUGAUGGUGAUUUGAAAAGCAAAGAAGUUCCUACUAGUUUCGGAUUUGAUACUGCUUGCAAGAUAUAUGCAGAAAUGAUUGGAAAUGUCAUGAUAGAUGCUCGUUCAACAGGAAAAUACUAUCACUUUGUAAGGCUUAUGGGCCGUGCUGCAUCACACAUCACAUUGGAGUGUGCUCUUCAAACCCAUCCAAAUAUUACCAUCAUUGGCGAAGAGGUUGCAGCCCAGAAGCAAACACUUAAAAGUGUUACAGAUUACAUCGUAGGAGUAAUUUGUAAACGAGCAAAACUUGGUUAUAAUUAUGGAGUUAUACUAAUACCCGAAGGCCUGAUUGACUUCAUUCCAGAGGUGCAACAGUUGAUUGCAGAGCUCAAUGAAAUCCUGGCUCAUGAUGUUAUUGAUGAAGCUGGCAGUUGGAAAAAGAAACUCCAAAGCCAGUCUCACGAUCUCUUUGAACUCCUACCACAAGCAAUUCAGGAGCAGUUACUUCUUGAAAGAGAUCCACAUGGAAAUGUCCAGGUUGCCAAAAUAGAAACUGAGAAAAUGCUUAUUCAAAUGGUGGAAGCUGAACUCGAAAGCAAGAGGAAGGAAGGUUCAUAUACCAAACAAUUCAAAGGGCAGUCUCAUUUUUUCGGUUACGAGGGUAGAUGUGGUUUGCCUUCAAAUUUUGACUCCAACUAUUGCUAUGCAUUGGGUUAUGGGGCUGGAGCACUUCUUCAGUCUGGCAAAACAGGCUUGAUUUCCUCUGUGGGAAAUUUGAAAGCUCCAGUUGAAGACUGGACAGUCGGUGGAACAGCACUAACAUCUUUGAUGGAUGUGGAAAGGAGACAUGGUAAGUUCAAGCCUGUGAUUAAGAAGGCAAUGGUGGAACUAGAAGGUGCUCCUUUCAAAAAAUUUGCUUCCUUGCGAGAAGAGUGGGCUCUAAAGAAUCGAUACUUCAGCCCUGGUCCACUUCAAUUUGUUGGCCCAACAUCAAAUGAAACCAAUCACACUUUAAUGCUGGAGUUGGGAGCCAAAGUUUAAUUGAUUCCCAAAUCCGAACUCGAACUUCUGCUCCUUGGACAUUUUCAUCAAAACACAUUCAUCCAAUAUAGCAAAUGGGCUCAGUGGAUGGCAAAAACUUGUUUACAAUCACAACAUGCUGGUUAUUUCUUGGAGAAUUGUUCAUCUUAUUUUUGGACGGAAAAAAAAGUUAUUCACAUUAUUUAACAUUAUCUUUUGAGAAAAUUGUUUUAGUCCUGCUGUAGAUUUAUGGUCUCUAUACUAGCAGCUAGCACAUUUCUGAAGCUAAAAGAGAUGUUCUCUACUACUAAGCAUUAUAAUUUUGU